AUGUCAAAAUUCAUAUUUAUAAUUAUAUUAUGUUUACCGAUAUUUGUCAAUUCGAACGGACAUUGGUCAUAUAAAAAUAAAAAUGACUGGCAACAAAAUGCUCAUUAUUGUGGCGGUAAUCUACAAUCACCUAUCGAUUUAUGGUUUAAUAGAUCACGUCAUGAUCAACGACUUAAACCUCUACAUCUAGUAGGGAAACCUUCUCAUAGUGAAGUAAUUAUUCAAAAUAAUGGUCAUUCAGUUCAACUUAAUGUAAAAGAUCGUUAUAUAUUAAAAAAAAUUGCACCUCUAAGUGAAGAUUAUAACGUAGAACAAGCUCAUUUUCACUGGGGUCAUUCCUAUGAUAAUCGUACUGGAUCAGAACAUUUUCUUGAUGGACAAUCUUAUCCAUUAGAAAUGCAUAUGGUAACUUAUUCUAGUUUAUUUGCAAAUAUUGGCGAAGCAGCAUCAAAUACACGUGCACUAGCUGUUGUUGGUAUUUUAUUUGAACUUAGCGAUGAACCAAAUCAAUUUCUUCAACCAAUAAUUGAUGCAUUACAAGAUAUUCCAUAUCAAAAUGGACAAAGUACCAUUAAAAAUUUUAAUUUAUUAUCUUUAUUCGAUGAAAAACGUAUGCAUCGUUAUUAUCGUUAUGAUGGUUCAUUAACAACUCCAGCCUGUUUUGAAUCAGUUAUAUGGAAUGUUUUACAAGAACCAUUACCAAUAUCAUAUGAUCAACUUCGUGCUUUUCAAUCUUUAUAUGAUGAACAUAGACAACCCUUAAUAAAUACAUAUCGAAAAAUACAACCAAUGGGUACAAGAAAAUUAUUCCGUAGUUUUCAUGCUCAUCAUAUUCAUGAUAAUGAAUUGAAAGCACGAAUAUCAACAACGGAAAAUCAUGCUCAACGUACAUUCAUCAAUAUGAAAAUAAUUUUAGUCUUAGCUACUUUCUCAAUGAUGAAAUUUUAA